AUGCGACCAACCAUGGCAAUUCCUCGGAGCGCUGGUCCUAGGGUCCUGGUUUACUCUCGGUCUAAGUCUUCACUUCUUCCCUGGUUGCCCGCCUCGGUCCGCCGUCUCUCAAUUCCAUCCCGUCCGACCCCCGACUCUCUUUCCCACCGAUCUGCAAAGUCCAGUCUUUUGACAUCCCAACUACUAUACAAUGUCGCCUCAAUCAGAUCACCUUCUUCGGCUUCUUUUUCUACUUCUUCAUUACUGUCUGAUGCAGACUGGGAUCAUAACCCGAAUCUAUCAAUCUCCAACUUCUCCGAACUUCCGUCGAGGGAUUUUGGUGUCAACCAACAUAUGAUCAUAAAUCAAGAAUUCAAAGAGGCUCUGCGACAGAUUCUUUGGCAAUUCCGAGCACCAAUUCGAUAUGCAUUUGCCUACGGAUCAGGUGUUUUCACACAGACUGGCGCUGCUUCCGCCAGCUCAACACACCCGUCGGCGCCUGCUGCCAUUCAAAACAUGCAGCAGGGAUCCGGGAAAAUGAUCGAUUUCAUAUUUGGUGUCUCAUAUUCUCAACAUUGGCAUGAUUUAAAUCUGACUCAACAUCGCGACCACUAUUCUGGGCUAGGCUCACUCGGAUCUUACGUGGUCUCUCAAGUCCAGGACCGAUUUGGGGCCGGUGUUUACUUCAAUACUCAUAUCACAGUCAAUGGAACUUUGAUCAAGUACGGUGUUGUAAAUUUGGACACGCUUUGCCAAGAUUUAACCCAGUGGAAUACCCUAUAUCUCGCCGGCCGGCUCCACAAGCCCGUCAAGAUCCUUCGAGACCAUCCGAAGGUGCGAUUGGCAAACCAAAUGAACCUUUUGUCUGCGUUGCGAGUCGCACUAUUGCUCCUUCCAGAACACUUCAGCGAAUUCGAAUUAUACAGCACAAUUGCAGGUAUCAGCUAUAUGGGCGACCUGCGGAUGGUGCUCCCAGCAGAGGAUCCGGGCAAGGUGCGCAAUAUCGUGUCUGGACAGAUGGCGCACUUCCGCAGACUAUACGCACCGCUCAUUCACAACCUCCCCAACGUCACAUUCAAGGACCCGCGCUGUAGCCAGAGCGAUUGGAUCGAUGAUCCAGACGCGAUCUUGGCUAUGGUGCAGGACAUGGAUCCUGUCAAGCGUGGAAACAUGGUCCGACGUCUUCCAGAAUCCUUCCGACAGAAACUCUACUUCCAGUACCAGUCACGCUAUGCAAUCCCGCGGGCAGAGUUCAACAAGAUGAUGGAGGAACAUCACGAUUCCAAUCAGGAGAUUGUUCGCCGCCCUCAGGGUGGUCCUUUCGAACGCCGGAUCGCUGAUGAUGACCACCUUCAAAAAGAGGUUUCUACGUCCAUCAUGAAGACCAUCCGGUGGCCCAGCACUGUCCAGACCAUCAAGGGGCCUCUGACUGCUGGUAUUGGCAAAAGUUGGAACUACCUCAAGGAGAAACGGGAAAAGCAUAAGAAGGCCAAGACUCGGUCCAAGCAAUCGGCUGAGAAGGCCGAAAUCAAGAAAGAAUAG